GCUGCAGUCUAAAAAUAAGCUUGUGAGUAAAAUCCCUCCAUGGACGCAGCGUUGAGCCGCUGCCCAAACGGUCCGAAGUGUCUCAAAGUCCGGCGGAGUGACGUGGAUACCAGCCUGUCAGGACAGACAAUGGCCUCCUCCCUCUUUGUUGUUGGCCAAUCAGAGCGGGUUAAAUUGAUUUAAGCCCCGCCCACCUGACAUGGACGCUCGCGCGCGCUUCCUGUGGCUUCUGAGCGCCGCUCGUGUUCCCCGAGCCGUUGGUCGCGCCUCUCAGCAAGAAAAGAGUCAAAGUAACUGGACUAUUUGGGGAAAGUUUCUUUUUAAGAACUUAACGAAGGCGUCCGCCCCGGUUCGGAGAGACGGAACUUAGAUUGGACCGCAACCUGGACUCUCGGUGGUCUCCCGGAGGGUCGCGACUCCUCUGGACCUGCUCGUCACCGAUGGUCUCCACCUGAAAGCUCCAGAACCCCGGGAACCAUGGCGGAAAGUUUCUACAAGCUGGAGGAUGAAGCCUUCCCCAGUUUCCUCUGCCGGUCCCUGGACAGCACCGGGGGCCGCGCCACGCUGGGGGACGUGACGCUGGGCUCGGGCCCCGGACUCCCGGUGGCCGCGUCGACGGUGGCUAAAAUUAAACCCGGGGCUGACAACAGAGGAGAUCCCGUCGAGGCUUCAUAUCUGGAGGCCGACUCCCAGUCCUCUGCUGGAGAACAGCCCAAGUUUGCCCUCAACUUCAAAGAUGACUUGGACAACGUGGACGACUUCAUCGCGGCCCACCGCCUCUCAGACAUGCUGGUGAAGAUUCAUUUGGAUGAAAGCGCAUCCCAAAACCGGGUCGCCUUGCCGACCACGCAGACGGGCUCGGUCCUCGGCCGGCCCGCAGAACUCGAGACGGAUCUGUCAACUGGGCUUCUGACGUUUGCUCAUUUGGGACAUAAAGAUUGCUCAGAGGCAAAGGUGCCCGCGACUCCGUUUCAUUUCCCCGGGCGGUUCACGCCGGCUCGGCCGUCCCCGGGGCCGGCCGAGGAGGACGAGCAGAGCGAGGGAGGAGACAGCGACCAUUUCAGCGGCAGCAACUCCAGCUUCCUGGUGAACGAGAAGCUCAUGUGUGUGGACAGCAUGAGCAGCGACACCACAGAUGACGACUUUGACGCCAACGACUUGCCCGACGAUGAGCUGGAGCAGUAUUUCAUUGAUCUGGUGCCGCCUGCCAUGCAGAGGGGCCGAGUGGAAGGCCAAGAGAUCCCUGCCACAGGACUGGCCCAUGUGACCGACAACCUAUCAAACCCAAGUUCUACAGAACCGGACCAGUAUCGACAUCAGUUCCUGGAUGAGUACGAUCAGGAGGACUUCCAGAUGCCCGACGUGCGUCUGGCCGCUACGGGAAUGGACUCAUGUCCCGCCAGCGACGAGGACACCGAGGAGGAGCUGGAGUCGGCCAGAAGUGACGGCGGCGGCACCCGGACACGGCUGCUGCCCAGCACCUCCAGACAACUGGUCGGAGAGAGUAACCGCCCCAGCUUCAGGCCGGGUUUAGAGGGCGGCAGCUCUGACGACGAGGCCUCCAGCGGCCGCGGCGGUCCGUCGCUGUCCGGCAUCGAACACAGACGAUCUGCCGAGGGACAAGUCAUCAACCCUCCGGUCACGGGCGACGGAGGUGGCGGCGACGGGAGCAGCGGCAGCGAGGAGAGCGGGAACGACGGAGGCGUGGCCACCAUCCCUCUGACCGGCGGCCAGACCGCCUACGACGUCCUGCGCGGCGUCGUGGGGAGCAGCGAGGGCGAGCGCGGAGAGCCCGAUCUACCGGGACACGGGAGGAGCGGCCUCUCCAGACACGCUGAGAUGGGAGACCGUGUGGGGCCUGUCGGGAUCGGGGAGGCCAGCUCUUCUUUUGGGGCCUCCAGGGGAACUCAGAGGCUCUCUCCCGUCAACUGGAGCAUGGUGCCGGACCGGCAGGAGGCUCUGGACGCCAUGGAGAGCACAGCUGGACUCAGGAGGCCUCCGGACUCUGCACAUCUAACUUUCACCCACGUCCAAGGCACCCGGGGGAGCUUCCACCUCCCCCAGGGGCUGCUGCCAGACUACGAUGACGAUGAUGAUGAUGGAGAUGGACUAGAUGAGCCUGAUGGUUCCCAGCAUUCCUUGGGCCGAAGGGGCGGGCCUUGUGGUGACGUGACUGCAGCGGAGGCCUCGGACAGCGCCAGUGAGGACGGCAACAAUCCCUUUUCCACCUCACUUGAGCCCAAGUAUUUCUCCCAGAGCUUCCACCAGGACCAGGAGAAUUCAGACGACGCCUGGAACCACGGCCCGGACCACCUGGAGACAGAGUUGGAACAAGGAGCCAGCGCCGCCCACGGCGUGGUGUACCAGGACGAAGACGGGCAGUGGGUGACCGACCUGGCGUACUACUCCUCCUUUGAGAAAGAGGUCGAUGGGAAGACGCCGGAGGAUGUUUCCCAUUUUCAGAACGAGGACUUUGUUCCCGCCGGUGACGCUUUGGAAAAGCUGGCCCAGGAUGAAGAGGAAUUCGAGAAGGAGCACCAAUUCAUGCAGGAGGAGCAGAUUGAACCAGCCAGCAGCAACGGCACCUUCCACAGCGACUCCUCCUGGAAGGCGCCCACCAACAGCCACAUCCUGAUGAGGGCGUCCCAGGUCGCCGCCGAGUUCAACCAAGGCGACCACAGCUACAUGCGGCUGACGCUCGGACAGUUCUUUGAGCAGCGCUCCGAAGCCCUGGGCUGCCUGGGCAGCUCGGACGACGUGGACUGGGUGAAACGGCCCUCCUUCGGCUACGUCAUCACGUCUCCAGAGAAGAGGGAACCGUUUCCUCUGAUUCACCCCUCGGAGUUCUCCGCCAGUCAGAAUUCUCCUCGCAGUGACACCGUGGACCAAACCCUCAACACAGAGGACCUGGACAAAACUCUGGAGGCACCAGGCGAAAGGAUGCCACCCAAAGGUGUCCCCGAUCCAGAGCUACGUGAACAGGAGGACCACAGCGAUGGCGCCGCACCACCCGACCACAGUGAGGCCUCCGGUUCGAGCCCGGGUGACCAGAGCUCCGCCUCCCUCAAAAAUAGCAGCAGCCACCUGAUGCUCAGCAUCAGCACGAUCGCUUCGGCCAUUGCCGACGCGUCCGUCAGCACCGACCCGUCGCAGCUGGCCGCCAUGAUCGUGGAGCUGAGCAAGAGAAGCAGGGCGAGGAAUCGACCCGUCGGACCUGCCAUCAACUGCGCAGGAGGACGACACUCUGCUGAACAUAUCGCCGCCGAACGCAGCGUCGUGCUGGACGCGCUGCAGAGGAGCGCCGGAGAGCUGAGCGCCUUCGACAUGGAGAAAUACCUGAAGGCGGCCGACGCGUCGGGCAGCUGCGACGCCUCCGUGGCGCACGCGACCUUUGACCUGACCGGCUGGGCCCACAACCUCAGCAGCUCUCACAGGAACCCCGAGGCAGGACGUCCCGAGCAGCAGGGCAGCGCGGGCCAGCGAGUGGAUGGCGAGACUCGACAGAAGCCCACGAGAGCAGAAACCCAGGAUGAAGACAGAGGAGGAGGAGGAGGAGGAGCCAGCGCCUCAUUAGCGGGGGGUCCCUCAAAGAGAAGCUCUAUUCCUCGCCCUCGUGCGUCUUUCAGCUCGGCCCGACGGUCGAUGGGCUCGGGGCAGGCCUCGGCCCCGCCUCCUGCAGACAACGACAGGCCCCUCGCAGGAAGUGGUGGCGAGCCAGAACCGAACCCUCAAGCGACCGGCAACACUACGUCACAACAAAGCGAUCCAAGCUCUGCCGGCUCGCCAGUGACCCCGCCGGGCCCAAGGAAGGGUCAGGCGAGCCCGCCUUGUUCUAAAGGUCCCUCUUCUCCGCCACAGAGGAUGAGGAGCGCAGGGCAGCAGGACAGACGGAGUCGUUCUCCAGAGAAGAAACCACCGUCGGCACCCAGCAGCGUCACGGGGGCUCCGACACACGCCGGCUUCUCCUGCCAGAACACUCGGCCUCCACCGGACGCGACGUCUGAGCUUCCGAAGGGUUUCUCUGAGCCCGCUGUGGAGGAGACUCCGUGUAACUUCCGACCGUCCACCUCGCCGCUCACUCACUCCUCUCCGAGCCAGACCUCCAUUCCCUGUGCCGACAGCGCGGCGUCGCCGCCGGCAACCAACCGCCCAGGUGUGGACCUCUCUCCUCAGUCCACCUGCUCCAGCCCGGGUCUCAGCCGGCUCACGUACAUCUCCAUGAACGACGGCACCGUCGUCCCCACACCCGACGGGCACACGGUGCAGAAUAACUGCUCCAUGGCGCUGAGCACCACCAUCAUCCGGUUCAGUCCCACUCCGCCCGUGGACCCCGAGGCGCCGCGUGACCUCGAUCCUUUCGGCCGGCCCAACGGCCUGGACCCGGCGCAACCGCGCCACUCCAAGAGUCUGGACCGGCUGUCGGCGCCGCGGAGCAAAAGCCCGGAGCCCCCCCCCUCGCGCAGCGCCUCCGGCCUGAGCUGCACGCGCAGCCAGAGCGAAUGCAACUACCACGGGGGCCACAAGCAGCUCCCCGAGUCCAACGGCCGACAGCUCACCAAAGUGGACUCUGGCUACUGCAACAACGUGAACAUCCAGCAGGGCGGCGGCGCGGCGCCCCAGAGCUCGCAGCCGUGGGGAGCCACGAGCUCGGCGUACGCCGGCGGGCUCGGCAUGCCUCCGCCCUACUCGUCAGAGGGACGCCACUACGCGCCCGGCCCCGGCUUUAAGCUCGACCUCCCCCACCAGGCCGACAUGCAGUCGCUCCUCGCCGGGCGCUCGCUCUUCAACGCCCAGCUGACUCAGCAGUAUUUGGGUCACGAGGCCCGGCUGCAUCCCGGCGGCUACCACGUGGGAGCGGCGGGAAGCGGCCUCUUCAGCGUGUCCUCCGCAGGCGUAUCCAACAGUGAUCUCACAGUGAGACACGUCCAUCCCACAUCGGGUAACUUUGGGAUUUGUGGGUCUGCUGGGUCCUAUCAUCUCCCCAGACCCCAUCAGGGCCAGCAGGACCUGGGACUGAUGGGGAAACCCUACUGUCAGUACGGUGCGGCGCCACUGGGGGCAGGUGGUCUUGAGGAGCUGAGAGGCCAAGUGGUGGUGCCAGAGGAGCUGCGGUUCCCCCACGCCUGCUGCAUCGGCAUCGCCUCCCAGACCUCCCUCAGCCUCUUCAACCCCUCCGAGAGGUGGCAGCAGGUGUCCAUCGCCGUCACCAGCCUGGCCAUCGAUGGAGAGAAGGUGGACAGCUUGCCGUACCAGUGGCUCAUCGUGAAGAACAAGACCAUCAUCGCCCCCAAGAGCACGGAGGAGCAGAAGGUGCUGUUCAUCCCUCCCCAGGCCGGCGUGUACCAGUGCGUCCUCAGCGUUUGCUCCUGGCCCGCGUCGGCGGAGACGGAGGUCGCCGCCCGGGCCGACGUCUUCGCCAAAAGGGCGGUGCUGUUUGCCAUAGCGGAGAAUCCCACAAUAGAGGUUGACGUGAGCAGUUCUGGCUGUCUGGAUUUUGGAGACCUCCCUGGAGGCAGCGCCACAUCCCUUCCUCUGAAGCUGCUCAACAGGACUCGGGCCACCGUGCCCAUCCGGCUGGUCAUCAGCGCCAACGCGACGGCGUGGCGAUGCUUCACCUUUUCCACGCACCCCGUUUCCGUCACGUUGGAGGCGGCGCAGCAGGCGGCGCACGGGGCGCCGGUGCCCUCGUCCUCGGUGAUGAACCACGUGAUGCACGCCAGCUACGCAGAGAACCCACAGAGCUUCAUGGUCUGGGUUCACUUCCGGCCCCCUCAGAAGUACACGGUGCCUUCAGGAGAACUCGGGCCGGCCGACGAGUACAGCGCUCGGGUGGACAUCGAAGUGGACUCUCCCGGUCCUUGUCACGUGAUCAGGAGUAUUCCCCUCAGGGCCCGGUCGGGAACGGCGAGGGUCCACGCCCCGAAAGACCUCCAGACCGUCAGUCUGUCUGCGCCGGCCGGUAAAUCCAGCCAACAGAUGCUGCCAUUAAAGAACGCAGGAAACAUCGACGUGCAGCUGAAGCUCAAGGGCAGCGACGCUGAGGACUGUUUCUCCGUGGCGCCCGAUGAGCUGUCUCUGAGGAUGGGAGAGGAGAAAAGCAUCGCCGUGUCCUUCAAAGCACAAGGAAGCAGGAAAUGUCGAGAAAGCCUGCUCACCAUCUUGGUGCUGCCGUCGGGUCCUCAGUACGAGGUAACCCUGAGAGGACAAGUUGUCCCAGAGGACUCUGGGAAACCCACCGUCAUCCCCACUGCGGUCGUCUUUGGUGCCGGCGUUGCCAACGACGUUCCGCCAAUUCUCUCCAACAAGCAGUUCGUAGCCUGGGGAGGGGUUACUCUGGGCCGAGCUGUCCAGCAGAAGCUGGUUCUGAGGAACAACUCCACCAACGCCACCCAGCAGCUGCGGUUGCUUAUUCGGGGUCAAGACCAGGACUGUUUUCAGCUCCAGAGCAUGUUCAGUCUGGAGGAGCGUCUGACCCGACACGGCGAGCUGUCCAUCCGGCCCAAAGAGGACGUGGCGGUCCACCUGCUCUUCGCUCCCACCCGGGUGGCGUGCAUGUUGGCCAAGCUGGAGAUAAAGCAGUCUGGAGGCCGGCCCUCUCAGCCCGGGGUCAAAUUCACUAUUCCUCUGUCGGGCUACGGCGGGACGAGCAACAUCAUCCUGGAGGACCAGAGGAAGCAGGCGGACGGAUACGUGGCGACGCUGAGCGACGUCGCCGUCGGCCGCGUCAGCAAAGUGUGCCUGUGCGUGAGGAACACCGGCUCCAGGGCCGCGUUCAUCAAAGCCGUGACCUUCUCCGACGUGCAGAGCCGGGCGGUCAUGGAGCCCUCCGUCAUCAGCCUGGCGCCCUCGCAGUUUGUCCUGAAGGAGAGGACACAAGAGGUGAUCACUGUGCUCGUGAAGUCCACCCAGAGAGAGCGGGCCCUGUGUCAGUCGGCCAAUCCGCUGCUGGCGACCGUCUGCCUGUUCUGUGGAGACGAGGUCUCCAGGCAACAGUACCGGAGAUUGCUUCAGAGCAAACCGGAGUCGGUGCGUAAAGCUCUGUCUGAGAACAGCCUGCUGAGGCACGUCAACUUCAACGAGACGUUCCUGGGAGAGGAGCACGUCACGGAGACCUACGACCUUCCCCAGCGGCCCAACGAGGCGCACAUCUUCUACGGGAACAUGAACAAGGUCGUGGUGUCGUUGUUGGGAAGCGCCAAGAGCGGAGACGGUGAGCGGAGCGACCACGCGGAGCUGCUGCUGCCUCCCUCCUCCUCCGCCUCCUCCAACGGCGGCUCGGCGAACGUCAACGUGUCUCUGGACGUGCUGCCGGUGAAAGGCCCCCAGGGUCCGGCUCUCAGAGUGGCGGAGCCCCCCUUAAAGGCUUCAGAGUCCUGGACCCUCCGCCCGGAGCAGCUGGUGCUCGCAGCCCCCACCAUCAACGGCACGGCCUCCACCAGUCAGGUUCAGAUCCGGAACCACGCGUCCAGAGAGCUGAGCUUUGACCUGUCGUGGCCCGCCCACUGCCUCACCAUCACCCCGCAGCACGGCGUCAUCGAGCCCCAGUGCCAGCUGCAGAUCUUGAUCAGCCCCAACCCGUCACUAGCAACGAAAUCCACCCCGCUGCCGUGGAGCGGGCAGAUUUACGUCCAGUGUGACGGCCAGCAGAAGUUCAUUAAGGUCCAGAUCCGUAGGGACCUGGCUCUGGAUGUGUCGGCCACCCCAGCAGACGCCACCCUGUCGGCGCUGCCUCCCCAGGCUGCCACCCCGGUGCCGCCCGUGGCCAGGCUCGCCGCCCGGCUCUCGCUGCCUCCGCAGACCCCUCAGGCGCCUCACGCCCCGGUGGAGAUCAGCUCCAAGACCAUCAAGUUCCCCACCACCACCUCAGGGGACACGUCAGAGGCCCAGCUGGGGGUGCAGAACGGGGACGGUGAAGUGAGGUGGUACCUGUCAUCAUUUGCUCCUCCAUACGUCAAGGGCGUGGACCACACCGGAGACGUCUACCGGGCCACCUACACGGCCUUCAGGUGCUCCGGGGUCUCAGGCACCCUGGGGGCCUACGAGAAGAUGCAGGUGCCGAUCACGUUCCUGCCCCGGGACCGAGGGGACUACGCCCAGUUUUGGGACCUGGAGUGCCACCCUGUGUCUGAGCCCCAGCAGAAGACCAGAAUCCGGUUCCAGCUCUGCGGCACCGGAGUGAAGUCUGGACCAGUGGAAGGACCGCAGGAAGGAGACUGCUCUCUGGUGAAGACCGAGGCCACGGUCAAGACCAGGAAGAGAGUCGACGCCUCGGCGGGAAAGACCAGUCAGGAGGAAGUUGCGCGGCGGGGCGUGUACGCGCCUCAGGAGCUCUACACCUUCCCGGCCACGCGGACGGGCGAAGCCAGAACCCUGAAGGUCAACAUCCGCAACAACUCGGCCGACACGCACGAGCUGAAAUUUGUAAACCCCACGGAGCCGUUCCACAUCAAGCAUUCCAAAUAUUCCCUCAGGUCGCAGCACUACCUGAAGCUCCCCGUCCAGUUCAAGCCCACGACGGCAGGCCGCCACGCCGGCUCGCUGCUCGUCCAGUCGGAAACGAGUGGAAGUCUCGUUAUCCAGCUGACCGCUGAGGCGACGGCUUGAGUCUGACCGCCUGAGACUCCGCCUGAGACUCCGCCUCCUCACGGUGAGGACUCGAGGCUCCACUGGAAGAAAACUAAAAAUAAACGAUCGCUUCCCGUUUUCGCGCCCGAAGCUGAACCGGUUUGUUCUGACCGGAAAUCAUUUAGUUCUGUGAAGCGUCACUUUGCUCGUUCCCCGAGUCACGGAACGAGGCGGCGGCGGCGCCGGCCGGGAUGCGUCUCUUUGAGUCGGCCUCUGGCUCCGGGCCUCGACCUCGACUGAGUCAUUUGAACACGACCACAUGAGAUUUAAAAGACUUUAAAAUCAGAAGCUCUUGAGGAUCCGUCUUCGCUUCCCAACGCGUCCCGACACAUUCGGCACCGGCGCGGUUUCCUCGUCUCGGCGCGGCGGCGGCCUUUUGUCGGCGGCGCCGUGCGUCGGCUUCUCGGCAACCUCCCAGGCGGUCCAGAUGUACUCUGUUCAGCCGGGUCGGCGCCAUCAGGAUGGUUAAUGAUUGUGAUUACCAGCUGAACGAGUCUCCCUCAGCUCGCCGCCUCGGUGUGGUUGCCAUGGCGAACACGCCGUUAAUCACCCCUCCAGUCACAGGAAAUUACCUCCCUGCAUCCUCUUUUGGCUCUGGGGCAAAUGGACAAAAUUGCUUCGGGGGAGGGGCGCGGGUGAGGGGGGGGGGUGGUAUUGGAUUCACAACCAUAAUCAGUUUUGUAACUGUAAUAUCACGGGGAACACGCGUGUGGAGGGAGCAGCGGCGUCCUCCUCGCAGAGCCCUCCUGAUUGAGACACACACUUUGCACAUGCUUUAAAUGGCAUAUAAUGUAAUAUAUUGUACGUAGACAUUUUAAAUAAAGUUUUGUGACGAAUAGCUCGGCUGGCUUUUCAAUCGCAUCGUCGUCGGAGAAGAAAGUGACUUGUGAAAUAAAUAUGUUUUGAUGUGUUUGUUUA